GGCACGGUGGGUAGCACUGUCAGCAAGAAGGACCUGGGUUCGAUCCCCAGGUGGGGCGGUCUGGGUCCUUUCUGUGUGGAGUUUGCAUGUUCUCCCCGUGUCUGCGUGGGUUUCCUGCGGAUGCUCCGGUUUGUGAGGUAAAUUGGAGAUACAAAAUUGUCCAUGACUGUGUUUUACAUUAAACUUGUGAACUGAUGAAUCUUGUGUAACUAGUAACUACCGUUUCUGUCAUGAAUGUAACCAAAGUGUGUAAAACAUGAGGUUAAAAUCCUAAUACAUAAUAAAUAUUUGAUGUGAAAUCAGAGUAAAACUGUUUAUGGAACAUGAGCGAGUCUUCAGGGGAGAAAAAAAACAACAACCCUGAAAUCCUGCGCAAACUGGACGCACGGUUAACGUGCAUGAACACACUCGUCUGGUUAUCGGAUUCGGUGCCGUUAGCAGAACUUGGCUGGUGCAAUUUGGUUUACAAGCCAGAAAUGAUAAACUGAUGGUGUAAGGCAGUUAAAGUCAGGAUGUGAUCCAGCUGUUCCACAUAAGUCUCAAGUUAAUUAAUCCCUUGUGCCCAGCCUCGGCACUUACAGUCACACGGACAAUGCCGCGGUCCAAAGAAAUUCCAGAGGACAUGCGGAGAAAGAUUAUUGAGGCUCAUCAGUCUGGCAAAGGUUACAAACUUAUCGCCAGUGCUCUGGGCCUCCAGAAAUCCACAAUCCGAUCUAUAGUGCAACGAUGGAAAAUAUUCGGGUCGGUCAUGACUCGGCCCAGGAGUGGCCGGCCUCCCAAAAUCUCUUCUAACGAACGGGAAAAAAUCAUACAGGAGGUCAUGAAAAACCCCUGUAUAACGCCCAAGCACCUGCAGGCUACCCUUGCCUUAGAGAAUAUUCAAGUUCACGAUUCCACCAUUAGAAAAAUACUAGGAGUACAUGGAAGACCAUCUUUGAGUUCGUAUAAUGGUGGCAGGGAUUCUCAUCGAGAGGAGAAACAGGUCAAGGAAGAUGAGCAGGUAAAAAAAUACUCAGGCGCUGAGCCUGAUCAUGUUAAUGACAGUGACUCUGAUGAUGUCAAAAGUCCUAAUAUUUGUGAGGAUGUUGACGUUGAUGAAGCUGGAGAUGGUAACAAAGAUAACAUGGAUGAUGAUGAUGAUGGUGCUGGUGAUAACGAAGAUAACAUUGAUGACGGUGGUGGUAUUAAAGAAGAUAACAUUGAUGAUAUUGGCAGCAGCAAUAAUAAUAAAGAAGAAAUCUUUGACAAUACUGGUGCCAGUAAUAACUGUGAGAAUAUAAUUAGUAGUGGCAGUGAUGAAGAUGAUGACAAUACUGGCAGAGCUAAGAACACUAAUGAAAACAUGGACUUGAAUGUGACUGGUAACGAUGAUGAAGAUAACCUCGAUGAUAAUAGCUCUCAUGAUCAAGGUGACGACGAUGAAAAGAAGAGCUGCAACGUUGGUGGAAAUGACAUCAGCAGUAAUAGCGGUGGUGAUUCUGGAGGUAAUAUCACUGCCAAUGAUAAGUCUAAUGAUGAUGGACAUCAAAGCGGUUCUAAUGGUGGUGGUGAUGACAAUUAUAAACAUAACAACUGGAGUGGUUGUGACGUAGAUUACACCAGUGGUUUCGGCUGUGAUGUGUACAGUGAAGAAAAUUGGAGCGAAAGCAUCGGAUGCGAGAUGGGUGGUUUUGAUGGUGAAUUCUACAAUUAUAAUAGUGAAAACUGGAACAGUGAGACGGGGGACAAAACACUCAAUUUCUCUUGAGGAAACUGUAAGCUAACUGACUGGCUGAACCAAAAUUGUUAGAGGUACCAACCAGAAAUUCAAAACCUACAAGAGACAUGAGAAAAGCUAACUGUUGGUCCAGAUCCUGUAUGUUUUUAAUCAUAAUGAAUAAAAAGAUGAUUGUAACUUUCCUUUAGUUUACGCUAUUUAUUUGAGGAAAUGUUAUUUAAUCAUGAAAUCCCGUUUAUGUGUUUGGGAGAUCUUUGUAUAAGUCUUUCAGACAUCUCUCAUCCUCUGGCGUUCCCUGGUUGUCACUCGCUUGUUUUCCAAAAUUCGUAGUCUUCAUUAAACGAAUAAUGGUGAACCGGGCAUGCGCAGCUUUAAGCUAUCAUGUUUUUCAUCAGCUAGUCUGAAUUCCAAAUUUGCUUCCAUGACCAUUGAAUUGUUUAUCAUGUAGGUAAUAUAUAAAUAUAUUAUAAAAGUACCCGGUAUACUCUCAGUAAUGCACUCAGCACUAAUGUUACCGUCUUCCAGUCCAGCUCUACCUCUGUAUUCGUUUUGAGAUUUAUGUUGAUUUUACACAAGUGCCUGUUAACACCAAGUGCUAUUUCGGUGUGUAUGUAUAUACAGUUAUAUAAAAUAAAUGAUGUGCUUCCAACUUUGCAACAACAGUUUAGGGAAGGCCCUUUUUGUUCCAGCAUGACUGUGUCUGUGUGCACAAAGCAAGCUGAAAAGCUUAGGAAUGAACUGGAACAUCAGUUGAGUCUUUCCUGACCAACGUCAGUGCCCAGCUAUACAAACUCUGUUUUGACUGAAUGGGUACAAUUUCCCACAGAUGUACUUUAAAGUCUCAUGGGAAACAUUCUCAGACGAGUGGCUGUUGUUAGAGCUGAAGAGAUCACAUAGUUUAAUCACUCUAUUUUAAUACCAUUUGUUUUUGAAUUGGGAUGUCCAACAAGCUCAUGGUCAGGUAUUUAAAUACAUUUGGACAUUCGGUGUAUGUCAUUAUUGGUAUUAGAAACUAUGUAUGUGGGAACUGAUGUAUAGUUCAGAGAGUAAAACACAGAUUUUGCAGUAUUCAGUAUUAACAAUAAUACGAAUUAUACCAGAGCAGAAAGAAAUGUAAUUAUUUAAAGCCAAAAAACUGUCAAAUGUCAUAGUGGUUUCUCAGGAAGCUUCAGAGUAAGUUUAGUAAUCAGCAUGGCUGUUUAAAUAGGUGCAAGUGUGUGUGAUUACUACCUUGAUUUAGUGUGUUCCUUUGUUGUGUUUAUAAUUUUUAUUUUAAUUGCUUUUUAAAUGCAUUUUGCUUUAAUCUAUUUGGUAUAAUAUGUUUGCAGUUUUUCCUGACCUUGUUGCCCUCGGCUUGUUCAUUAAGGGGUUUGUAAACCUGGAAUCUGUAUAGAUACUGUAAAACAAUGUCUGUUGUGAAAAAUAAAUGUGACUCUACUA